GCCGCCGACGAGCGGGUGGCCGAGACCCUCGACGGGCGCAGCGAAGCCAAGGUGUCAAGUGACCAGAGGACGAGGAUGACGGCACAGGAGGCCUGCAUCGGCAAGGCUCGCCUCGGGCCGCAGCCUGCCCCUGAGUCUGACCCCCGAGGACCUUGCCCCCUGCGUGCUGGCCUGGAGGUCCUGGGCUGCAGCGGUAACGUCUGGAACAGGAGCGUCGAGGUCCUCGAGGCCUUCUUCCACGCCCACCAGUACUGGCCGCAGCUGGUCCUCCUUCAGGAGACGAGGCUAACCCAGGAGCGCCUUCCUGGGGCCAGGGCGCUGGCACGCCGCCUCGGCUACGCCGCCUUCUUCCACGAGGCGGUGGCCGCGGACCAGCCUGGCCCGAACGCCACGUCGGGCGGCGUCGCGAUCCUGGUGAGGGCUGGACUCCAGGCCGAGGGGUCCGCAUGCCAGCUCCCUGCGGCCCUGCGCCGCCGCCUCAUCGGCGUAGAGGUGACGGCGCCGUCGGGCCUCCGCCUCCUGGCCUUGGCUGGGUACUUCCAGCGCUCCUUGGGCCCGCGGAGGAUCAACCUCGACCUGUUCUCCUCGGUCUCGGACCUAGUGGUGCUCGGACCCUCUGAGGCGACCUGCUGCGCCCAGGGCUUGGAGCACGUCUACGACUGGUUCGUCGCGUCGUCCGACCUGGCCACGUGCGCGGCGUCCUGCGCGACCACGCUCAAAGACUUCGGGCUGCGCCCGCACUCUCCUGUGCUGCUGCGCCUCCAGGGCGUCAGGUGCGAUGCCCUGGUCGAGGUGCCCUCCCGUCCUGCUCGGUUUCCAGAGGUGGGGGUCAAAGGCCUGCGCUCCCGCGAGGACGCCCUGGUCCAGGCCUUCACUGUCGGCAAGCGCGGGAAGGUUUCGCAGAAGGAUGUAGCUUGGUCAUGGGCUCAGGGUUCGCGCCCGACCUGUCUCUCUGCUGCCUUCGGCGAGUGGAUCGAGGCGGCGGAGGGCACUCUCUCGGGCAUCCACGGGAUUGCGCCAGGCGGCCUGCCGCGCUACCUUGGGCGAGCGGCAGGGCCCAAGACCAGGCGCAUGCCCUUCAGCGCGCUGGUGCAGCGCGAGGCCAGGUUGAAGUACAGCAUGCUGGCCCACCGCCUGAGGAGCUGCCUAGCGGUCGCCCUCCAGAGGCUUCGCGCCGAGCAGGCCAGCAGGGCGAAGCUCCUGGACGAGGCGACCCAGGAGGAGGCUGGUCUUCGGAGCGCGCCCCUCCCUGGAGCCUCCGACGAGAAGUGGGGUGACCUCGCCUUCCACGCGGGGGUGAAGGGCUGCCCCGCGGCGAUCGCCAAGCUGCAGUCGUGGCUCCUGGCGUCCCAGAGGCGCGAUGCCGCUGAAGGUACUGCCGCUUGGCGCGGCUGGGCCCAGACGGCGGUGGAGAAAGGAGGCCGCCUGGCCCACCGCUUCUCCAAGGCGGCUCCCACGCCUGUGGUCAGGGACGCCGACACAGGGAGGCCCCUCGUCGGCGUGGACGCCGUGGACCAGCUCACGCGCACGUGGCAGCGGCUCUGGCUCCAGGAAGGCUUCUCCAGCGGAGUCGGAGCCCACCGGUGGGAUGUUGGCUCCUGGGCGCUGCCUCCCAUCACCCUGGAGGCCUUGCAGCAGGCGUUCAAGCGCUACGGCCUGUCUGUGGGGCUGGGCUGCGACAACCUGCACCCUCGCCAGCUUCUUCUGCUGCCAGUGGCGCUGCAGCUUCGCCUGAUUGACAUCCUCACGGCGUUCGAGGACGAGCCUUCUUCGAUCAGGGGACAGGUGGCGCUCGUGGUUUUUAUUCCUAAAGCUGACGGAGGGACGAGGCCCAUCGCGCUGCUCCCGCUGGCCUUGCGGCUUUGGUCUCGCCUGAGGUUCUACGAGCACGUGCGCCACGACGUCCUCUGGACGUCAGCCCAGCGCUUCGGCUUCAACCUGAAGCUGCUGCGCGGCCUCCUCGCCAUCUACCAGGCCCCGAGGAUCGUGCUGGCAGGUGGCAUGGCUUCGGCCCCCUUUGGGGCCAGUGGCACAGUGCUGGCGGGCUGCGCGUGCGCGACGGCUGUUGCUAAGCUUCCCCUUCUUGGAGGUCUCCUCGCAGCUGGGGCUCAGCGGCCUCUUGCCACCCUGCGCAACUUGGUGGGCGACGUCUCGCUCCAAGCUGUCGGCUCGGCGAGGCUGGUUGUGGACCAGCUCGUGGGGGCCAGCGGGGAGGUGCUGCGACACCUGCGGGCCCGCCACCUCCCGCUCAAUGAGGGCAAGUCCGUGUUCCUGGCCUCGUCGGCACAGGUGGCGGACGGCCUCGCCGCCAGCUGGGCCGCCCUCGGCUUCGAGGUCAAGCGCGGCUCCCAGGCCCGCAACCUGGGCACCGACGCAAACGUGACCCGCAGAGGGGUCCACGAGGGAGGCGCCCGCGCUGUGGGGGGCCUCUCCCGCGCCAGGCGGCUGAGAACCCUGGGCUCGGCGGGGGCCGCGGUGGUGCACAUGCGCCGCGCUGGCCCAACCGCCGCCAUGCUGUGGGGCAGGACGGUCACAGGGGUGCCCGGCGGCGAGCUUCACUCCUGGCGCCUGGCGGCUGCGCGCUCGGCAGGGAAGCUUCCCAAGGGCGCCUCCCUUGGGCUGAGGCUCAGGGCGAUCGAGGUGCAGCGCUCCGCCGACCUGGGCCCGAGCCCAGCCCUGGUGCGCGCCGCGGUGCAGGUGGCAGCCAGCCUCCUUCAGACGGGCGAGGUGCCCCUGAGGAUGUUCGCUACCUGUCUGGCGGAGGCCGAGCGCAGGCGCGGCAGCGCCAGGGCGCCCUGGGUGAACUGCAAAAACCCCGUCGACGCCCUGGCCCUCUCUCUGUUGCGGGUUGGGUGGCGUCUCUCGGCUGGGCACAUCCUGCACACCGACGACGGCCACACCUUGGACAUGCUGAUCAUGGGCCCCCGCGAGCUCGGGCUGCUGGCUGCGGCAGGUGCCCGCAGGGCCUCCGACAGGGCUGAGAUGGCGCGGCUUGGGCACGGAGCCGCCCCCUCCAUGCCCUUGUUUUGGGACGCACUCGGCCAGGUCAUCGGCCCGCGCGGCAGGUUCAGCUGCAGGGAGAAGGCAGCGGUGGUGAGCUACCUGUCCAACGCCCACUGGCCGCAGACUCGCCUCUUCGCGUCUGGUGAGCGGGGCCACCCUCGCUGCUGCGCCUGUGGCGAGGUGCGUGGCAGCCUCUGGCACAGGCUUCUCGAGUGCCAAGCCCUGGCCGCUGAGAGGAGGGACUCGGUGUCAGCCCGCCUCCUUCGCUGCGCCACUCGUGUGAGGCAGCGAGGUGAGGAGGCGGGGGGGUGCUUCUCCAGGUGCUGGCUGCCGCAGCCCCCGCAGACGGCCUGGAGGUCGGACGCGAUGGCAGUCAUGUGGGUGAACAGGCCUGCCGACGGGCUGCUAGGCGGUCGCCUUUUCCUCGACGGCUCGGCGCUCGACCCUGAGUUCGAAUGUAUCCGCAGGGCUGGCUGGAGUAUCGUGCAGUGCGACGAGUUCGGCAUCCUGGAGGCGGCGGUGUACGGCACGGUCUGCCUCGACCUGUGCCCCUUCCAGACGGCGAAGGACGGCGAGGACUUCGCGGUCUGGAUGCUGAGCCGCUACCUCGGGCCUUCGAUCAUCGAGAUCAACAUCGACUGUGCGUCCACAGUCAGCUGCUUGAAGCUCGGCAGGAAGUAUGCGACGGCGGCCAACAAGCCCAAUGCACACCUGUGGUCGGCCGUCUACGCCUCGCUGGACGUCGACUCGCUCAAUGUGAACAAGGUGGCGGCCCACUGCACCGAUAUCGAUGUUCGCGAAGGCAGGAUCUCGGAGUGUCAGUGGCUUGGGAACGCCCACGCCGACAGGCUGGCGAAGGCGGGGGCGGCCCUCCACAGGGUCAGCGCGGUGGCCAGGCGCGAGUUCUUCGGCGCGGUGGAGGUCGUGAGAGAGCUCUCCAGGUGGAUCGCGCAGGCCUCGAUCGUCUGGCAGGACAGGGCCCCCAAGGACUGCGAGGGUCUCCCUGAGUGCGACGAGCGAAGGACUGCUGUCACCUUCGCGGUCCCGCUCGAGGAGCGUGCUGACGGCCUGCGGGCGGCUCCCGUGAGCGAGUCGGGUGCCCCGCCCGCCGCCGUGGGGGCCCGCGCGGAGCAGGCAGGCAGCCGCCCCGCCGCUGUCGGCGCCUGGGCCUCUGCGGCGCGCGACGGCGGAGUAGCUCUGGGCGCCCUGGUCUUCGCCGUCGCUGGGCGCGCCCUCGCGCGCGCCAGGUGCGGUGAGGACGGCGACCAGCAGGAUAUCAUUGCGUGCACCAGGUGCGGAGCGUAUGCGAGGCUUGGCGGACGCCCUGGCCCGCAGCCCAAGCUCAGGGAGCGCUGUCCUGGAGCAACGGGCCUCCCCAGGUCGCUGCGGGACCAGAAGUCGCGGUGGGAGCGUGGCCUCCACCCUGGGGGCACGCCGCGCGCCCGCGACACGCGGAGGAAGGGGGCGGAUGCCCCGCGCCUUCGCAAGGAGGCCGAGGUGCCGCAGGACGCCAGGGUGCGCUUCCUGAAGUGGCUCGGAGUCCAGCCUGAUGCCCCAGCAGGCGUCGAGGGCAGCGCCUCGGUGGCCGGCGCUGCUGGGGGCGGCGCUGGCGGCGCGGCCCCCUCCUCGACAGAGCUGCCCGCUGCGGCUGGAGGCGCCGCGGCGGGAGCGGGAUCGCGGCAGGCCUGGCUGGAAGCCUACGGCCUCGAUGAGGAGAGCCUGCUGGGCUGGGCCGAGGAGGCUGAGGAGGCCCGACUUGAGCGCCAGAGCAGAAAGCG